AUGGCCGAUGACGGCGCACCCGAGCUGAGCCUCGGCGAGGCGCUGGCACAGCAGUCGGCCGGCUUUGAUGUGGCGACAGGCAAGAUCUCUGUGGUGGGAAAGUUUGUGACUAGCGUUGGCGGGCGGCUGCCCGCGGGCGCAGCACAGGCCGAGACGCUGUUCCUCUCCAGCAACUCGAUUGCGACAGCAGCACCGCUGGCGCGGUUCCAAAACGCACGGGUCAUCUCGCUGGCUAACAACCUUGUGUCGUCGUUUGAUGAUGUGGCUGCGUUGGCUGCGCUGCCCUCACUCAGUGUGCUCUCGCUCGAGGGCAAUCCCAUUGUCGAGCUGCCGCUGUACCGGCCUCGGCUUCUGCUCCUCCUCCCGCGACUCCGCAUGCUCGACGGCGUCGAGACUUCUGCUUCCGAGCGCAAGGCCGCCGAGGCUGCUGUGGCGGCGUUCGAGACGACGUGGGACCUGCUGCUUGGUAAUGCCGCAAGCGUGGCAAGGCUGGAGGCGUCACGGGCAAAGGCCGAGAUGCAUCUUGAGCUGGCAGCGCGCGGUGGUCAGCAGCUGGGCCCCGGAUUUGAGACCGACAAGGUGCUUGCGCUCACUGGUGGCGACGCACGCGAAGGGCUCAGCAUCGAGCAGGCCGAGGCGCUGGAGGCCGGAGUCAUGGAAGCCGCGCUCGCACUCCGCGACGAUCGACCGGGCCUCUCGUGGGGCGACGCCUUUGACGCUCUUCUCCUGCAGCAGCAAACCCGCAUCCGAAGCCUGCUCGCAGAGCUCGACCAGGUUGCUUCCGAGACCAAGGCUGUUGCAGCAACGGCAAGCACAUCGUCGACCUCGCUGGUCGAAGAAGCUGUAGCCGCUGCGGCCGAGGCCGAGGCCGAGUUGCGCCGCGAGCGCGAGCUCGUCAUCUCCGAAUUUGUAGCCACCGCUCGCGCCGCCGAGGUAGACGCUCCUCCGCAAGCGCCUCGACGCAAGCUGCAGACGAGUGGAACGUUGCCGGCUGCCCCGAGCGAGGGCAAGAAGCGCAAGCUCCGGCGUCCCAAGCCGACCAAGAUCACUCGGCACAAGCGACGGGUUGUGCCGCGCAACUCCAAGCCGCGACCCGAGCCGGAGCCACAAGAAGCGGCGCCAGCGGGCCCGCCGCCACAAGAGCCUUCUGCCGCUGAGGCUGAGGCGCUUGUUGCCGAGGUUGGACUGCUCCGCGAUCGGUUGCGGAGCCAGGAUAAUCAGCUCGCCCAGCUUCAAGACGUCCUUGACGACGUGGAGGAGCGAUACGCUUCCGAGCUGGCGGACGCCCGGUCCACGAUACGCGAGCUCGAGGGACUGGUGGCAUCCGGAGACGAGUCGGCCAAGCGGCAUGCCGACGGCGUGGACGAGCUGCUCCGUCUGCUCUCGUCAGCGCAGAGUAAGCGCGUCAGCGAUGUACUUCCGGACGCAAUCCGGAUCCUAGGUGGCGGCUACGCGCUCGCGUCGCCUGCCACCCCGGAUGCAAGCUGCGCCACAGGAGUGGAGGCAGCGACCCAGACUGCAGGGUUUGCCGCCAUCACCGAGGCGGAGCUCGACGCAAUGAUGGGCGAGCUGGAGCGAGUUCGUGAAGAGCAUGCCACAGCAGUGGCGAACGAGCAGACUGCGAGGAGCAAGACGCGCGAGGAGCUUGCAGCGCUUCAGGUCAAGCUUGACAAGGCUGUAGAGGGCGCCGCGGCACAGGCUGCGCGAGCCCAGCUCGAGAUGGAUGCACUGCGUUGUCGACAUGCCGAGGAGAUGGAAGCUGUCCAGGCCGCGGUUGCCGACCAGGUGGCGGCUGCAAUCGUUCAGACUGAGCUGCAGCAAGAGCGCGGCGAGGAGGCAGUGCUGCAUUUGGUUGAGAAACGGGUUUGUCGCCAAGCGUUUGCAACGUGGAAAGCCCGGACUGCCCAGUCUAUGCGGGAGGCAGCGUGCGCGUCGCAGGUUGAGCUUCGGGCUCGGCGGCGCGUGCUGACGUCCAGGUGGCGGACAUGGGACCAUGAGAUGGCACUGCGGCAGGCGGAGCGGUCAGUCGUUGUGAUGCGGACGCUGCGAGCGGGAAGCAAGUGUCUGGCGCACUGGCGGCAGCGGACGGCUGCACGAGUUGAGGCUCGUUUCGUCGCUGCUGACAUUGACUCGACCGAUGAUGUGCGCGCUGCAUUGGAGGCGACCCAGGUCGAGCUCAAACGCAUGCGUGUAGCGUUGGAGGAGGCCAAGGCGGAGGGCAAGGCUGAAGCUGAGCGCGUGCGCGUGGCUUUGGAAGUUGAGACAAGCCGCGUGCGCGCGGCGUUGGAGGAGGCGGAUGCGGAAGUCAGCCAAUUGCGUGCUGCGCUCGAAGCGGCGACGGCGGAGGCCGAGACGGCUCGGGCUGGACUGGCUGCGGCCGAGAUCAGUCUCGCUGAAACACUCAGUGUCAAGAGCGACGGCAAAGAUGCUGGCUCGGAGUUGGACGAAGCCGUGGUGCUGCGUAGUCAGCUUGAGAAGGCACUUGCAGCACACGCGCAAACCGAAGCGGAACUGGCGGUAGUGCGAGCAUCACUGGAGGAGGCCGAGACCGACGCGGCGUCUGUACGGGCAUCGCUCGCCGAUGCCGAAGCAGCGCGUAUCGAGGCCGAGUCACGCCUGGCUGUAGCCUCUGCGCGAGUCGACGAGAAGGCUGCACUGGUCGAGGCGCUUCAGAGUCAGUGUCGAGCCAGCAAGGAGCUGGCAGCGUCGGCUGAAGCUGACGCACAGAGUUGGCAAGCUGAGGCGGCGGUUCUUCGUGAGAGUGCGCACGAGGCAGCCCGGCUGGAGGCCGUUGUUGCCGAGCUGCAAUCAACGGUCGAACGGAUGGAGAGUGAGGCACGUGUGAUGAGCACUGAGCUGGAGCGUUCUCGUGGACUGGAGGCUGAGGUCGCGGAGCUGCAGUCUCAGGUUGUUGAGCUAGAGACUGGCGCGACAAAGCUGACGAGGUCACACGACGACGACGGCGCGCUCUCCGAGCUGCGUUCCCAGUUGGACGACCUUGUGUCCAGCAAUCGGGUGAUAGAGACGGCUGCAGAGGAGCAAGUGGCUGCGCUCGAGGCCAAAGUCGAAGAGCUCCGGGCCGAGCUGCAGCAGGCAGGCGCUGAUGUGGAUGGCAACCGCGCAGCAUUGGAUCAAGCCGAGGCCGAAGCCGUUGCGGGGCGUGCGACUAUCGAGAGGCUCCAAGUUCUCUUGGAAGUUCGAGAGGCGGAUGUGCAGCGUUUGCAGCGUGAGCUCGAGCAGGCCGGCUCCGAGUCGGACUCGCGGGUGGAGUCCCGACUGGCGGAUGUCGAGGUACUGCUCAGAGAGCGCCGAGAGGACGAAGCGCGCCUAGCAGCGCAGCUUGUGGCACGUGAGAACGAGCUGGCGGCUGCAUCGCGUACCUCGAACGCUGGGGAUGCCGCACAGCUUGCGGCAAGUGUGGCGCAGCUGGAGCGUGAGCUUCGGGACCGCGAGGUGCAGAUCCACAAGUUGGAGCUAGUGGCUGCAGUCCGUGAGUCUGAUCUUGCGCGGGCUCAAGAGCGGGUCGAAGAUUUGCCGCGCGUGGCCGAGCUCGAGCGAGUCGUUGGUCUGGAGCGAGGGCAUGUCAAGUCGCUCAAGGAGGAGCUGGCGACACGUGAGUCGGAUGUGCGGCGGCUGGAGAAGGAGUGCACCGAGAUGCAAACUCGGGCUGCUGUGGCGAAAGCUGUGUCAGGCUCGACAGAUAACCGGGCGUCUGAGGACCGCAUCGCCAAGCUGGAGCACGAACUUGUGGUGCGUGACGCAGACCUACGCACCCGCGAGGACGAGGUUGCUGCGCUACGGACCAAGGUUGCUGUGGCGGAGGCGAUAGCCGGGUUAGGCGAUGAUGCCAGUGACCGAAUUGCUCGUCUCGAGCACACCCUGGUUGUGCGUGACGCAGACUUGCGCGCGCGAGACGAAGAGCUCGCGGACCUCCGGCUGAUGCUUGCAGAAGCCGACGCACCGCCAUGUUUUGAUCGAAGCGUAGAGGUGGAUGAUCGUGUGGCCAAGCUUGAGCACGAGCUUGUUGUUCGCGAGGGAGACUUGCGUGCGCGCGAGGACGAGGUUGUGGGGCUCCGAUCGCAGCUGGCAGUUGCCGAGGCUGUGUCGGCGACGACCGACAAUGCGGCGUUUGAGUCGCGGAUUGCGAUGCUUGAGCAGCAGCUGGCAUCAUACCGGGGCGAUCUGCGUGCGCGCGAGGACGAGAUUGUGGUUCUGCGGGCCCAGGCCUCAUCCGAGGCGGCGCCGAGCAAGUCGACCGACGUGGCAGUGUACGAGUCGCGGAUUGCGAUGCUUGAGCAACAGAUCACGGCGCGCGAGGGAGACUUGCGUGCGCGCGAGGACGAGGUUGUGGGGCUGCGGUCGCAGCUGGCAGUUGCCGAGGCCGUGUCGGCGACGACCGACAAUGCGGCGUUUGAGUCGCGGAUUGCGAUGCUUGAGCAGCAGCUGGCAUCAUGCCGGGGCGAUCUGCGUGCGCGCGAGGACGAGGUUGUGGUUCUGCGGGCCCAGGCCUCAUCCGAGGCGGCGCCGAGCAAGUCGACCGACGUGGCAGUGUACGAGUCGCGGAUUGCGAUGCUUGAGCAACAGAUCACGGCGCGCGAGGGAGACUUGCGUGCGCGCGAGGACGAGGUUGUGGGGCUCCGAUCGCAGCUGGCAGUUGCCGAGGCUGUGUCGGCGACGACCGACAAUGCGGCGUUUGAGUCGCGGAUUGCGAUGCUUGAGCAGCAGCUGGCAUCAUGCCGGGGCGAUCUGCGUGCGCGCGAGGACGAGGUUGUGGUUCUGCGGGCCCAGGCCUCAUCCGAGGCGGCGCCGAGCAAGUCGACCGACGUGGCAGCCUCAUCCGAGGCGGCGCCGAGCAAGUCGACCGACGUGGCAGUGUACGAGUCGCGGAUUGCGAUGCUUGAGCAACAGAUCACGGCGCGCGAGGGAGACUUGCGUGCGCGCGAGGACGAGGUUGUGGGGCUGCGGUCGCAGCUGGCAGUUGCCGAGGCCGUGUCGGCGACGACCGACAAUGCGGCGUUUGAGUCGCGGAUUGCGAUGCUUGAGCAGCAGCUGGCAUCAUGCCGGGGCGAUCUGCGUGCGCGCGAGGACGAGGUUGUGGUUCUGCGGGCCCAGGCCUCAUCCGAGGCGGCGCCGAGCAAGUCGACCGACGUGGCAGUGUACGAGUCGCGGAUUGCGAUGCUUGAGCAACAGAUCACGGCGCGCGAGGGAGACUUGCGUGCGCGCGAGGACGAGGUUGUGGGGCUCCGAUCGCAGCUGGCAGUUGCCGAGGCUGUGUCGGCGACGACCGACAAUGCGGCGUUUGAGUCGCGGAUUGCGAUGCUUGAGCAGCAGCUGGCAUCAUGCCGGGGCGAUCUGCGUGGGCGCGAGGACGAGGUUGUGGGGCUGCGGGCCCAGGCCUCAUCCGAGGCGGCGCAGAACAAGUCGACCGACGUGGCAGUGUACGAGUCGCGGAUUGCGAUGCUUGAGCAGCAGCUGGCAUCAUGCCGGGUCGUGCUCAAGAAGCGGCUGGCUGAGCAGGAAGCUGAAGGCCGCGACCGCGAUGCCGAGCUGGCGUUGCUGCAUGAACAGCUAGAUGCUGAGGUAAGUGAGAGUUCCGUGCUCCGCGACCGUAUUGCUACCCUCGAGGCGGAGCUAGCCAAUCAGGAUGACGACAUUCUGGGGUUGCGCGCACAUGUGGUGCAUGGGGAUGGCGAACGCGAAGAAUCCACCGGUAUGGACGAGUUGGAGACGUGGAAGUCACGCGUGGCCGAGCUGGAGGUACUCCUCAGUGAGAAUGAUGCACCCGAAGCAAGCGCCCAGCACGUGUGCGCCUUUCAGGAGCGAGUGUCUGAGCUGGAAGCUGAGCUCGAGAUCCGCGAUGCUGACCUCGGCAAGUACAAGGCAGAUCUGGAGAUGACCAAUGUCCAGCUGGCAACAGCGCUGGACACGUCGGCCCUCAACGACCGCAUCACGGAGCUCGAAGCUGAUUUGGAUGCGCGUGAGACCGAGCUUCGGCGUCGUGAAGACGAAGUCGUCGAGCUCAUGGCCAAGAUCGCAGCAGCGGCGCUGGCCGAGUCAGCCCUAGAACGGGUGCCCAAGCUGGAGGCUAUGCUGGCAAUGCGAGAGGAAGACCUCGCUGCUGCUCGAAACGAGCAAAAGGAGCUCGUGACGGAACUGGAGAAACGCAGCAGUGCAUACGGUGUCGAACUGAAGCAGUUGAACGCUGAGAUCGAUGACUUGUCCGGUCUUCUUGCCGAGGCCGAGGCCGAAGCUGCAGCUGCAACAGACAUCUCACAGCAGUGCGCUGAAGAGAAUACGCGACUGAAGGCCGAGAUUGAGGAUCUUGCAUUUCAGUCAGCCUCAGGUCAGCAUGCGGCGUGUACGGCCGAGAUCGAACGUUUGCAUGCGCGCAUCAGUGUGCUCGAGGGCGAAGCCUCGAUCCGCAUGCACGAGGCUGCGGCGCUUGACACGGGUGCUGAUGUCAAGCAGAUUUUUGUCGGUGACAAGGCGACCCAGCUCGCGACUCAUGCAACUCUUGCCGACCCCCAACUGGCGGAGCUCAAGGCACAGCUUGCUGCGGCCGACGAUCGCGUGGCCGAGCUCGAGACCAAGCUUGCCGCUGCCUCUGCGCGCGUGGCCGAGCUUGAGACCAAGCUUGCCGCUGCCUCUGCGCGCGUGGCCGAGCUUGAGACCAAGCUCGCUGCGGCAGAUGCUGAAGCGACCAAGUCCGAAGCCGAGCGCAUGGCCGCUGCAACCGCACCUGCCGAUUCCCGAUCACCCGAGCUCGAGACCAAGCUUGCCGCUGCCUCUGCGCGCGUGGCCGAGCUUGAGACCAAGCUCGCUGCGGCAGAUGCUCAGGCGACCAAGUCCGAAGCCGAGUGCAUGGCCGCUGCAACCGCACCUGCCGAUUCCCGAUCACCCGAGCUCGAGACCAAGCUUGCCGCUGCCUCUGCGCGCGUGGCCGAGCUUGAGACCAAGCUCGCUGCGGCAGAUGCUCAGGCGACCAAGUCCGAAGCCGAGUGCAUGGCCGCUGCAACCGCACCUGCCGAUUCCCGAUCACCCGAGCUCGAGACCAAGCUUGCCGCUGCCUCUGCUCGCGUGACCGAGCUCGAAGCAGAGCUUGAAAUGCUUUCAGAUGCUGAAACUGGACGGCCGACCCACAGUUCACGUGACGCACACGCUGCCCUUGCGAUGGCGUCGUCGACGUCGGCGAGCCACCUCGACCGUAUUCUUGCGCUCAAGGAGAAGCUGGAUGCUAAGGACGCACUCAUCGCGGCUCUGCGUGCUGCGCUCACCCGCGAGGCUCGCACCAAGCCGCUGUGGGACCGCAUAUCUGCCCUUGAGUCGCAGUUGGCGACCCGUGAGUCGGAGCUUGCGGCGACUGCGGCUGACCUUGCGCGCGCACGACUGUGCAUGACUGCUGCACCGCAAGCUGCAGCGGCAUUGGCUACGGUCGACGACGACGAGGCUCUCAAGCCGCUCUGGGACCGGAUUGCUGCACUCGAGGCCCAGCUUGAUGCCUCGCGCGUCGAGCUAUCGCAGGCGGCUGCUGCACUGGCCCGCACGCCGUUGCCGGCACUGGCACCUGCAGUGCCGGCCCCUAUUCGCGACGAGACUGGCCCACUUUGGACCCGUAUUGCCGAUUUAGAGGCUCAGUUGGACGAAGCCCGGGCCGCCGAGCGGAGCAAAGAUGUUCAACUGGCCGAGUCCGAGGCUGCACUCGCUGCCGCCCGCGGAGAGGCGACCCGCGCCAAGGCUGCUGACGCGCUCGCUGCCGAUCUCCGCGGCCUGCGCUCCGUACUUCGGACGAAGGACGCCAUCAUUUCGCGGCUCCGUGACCAGCUUGCUGCUCAACCGUCGACAUCCGCGUCAGACGCCGCUGCUUCAGCUGCUGCCGAUGAGGUUGCCGCCCUUCACGCCGAGCUGGUCUCGGUUCGCGCGCGUGCCGAGCAGGAGCUCGUACUCGCGAGUCAGCAAGCUGCCCUCGACGUCGAGGCUGCCGCUCGCCAGGGAGCCCGCAUUGCCGCCGACAAGACUGCCGAAGUCGAUGUCCUCACCCGCCGAAUCUCUGUUCUCAACGCUCGCCUCAACGCGCCUAGUCUGGUUAUCCAGCCGCUGCGCGAAGCGCUUGCCCGCCGUAUUUACCUUUCCAAGCUCUUCCGCAAGUGGGCGGCGUCGGCGUCGGCAGCGGCUGCCGAUCGCAUCCGUGCCAAGGACAAGGCCUUCUUUGCCUGGCGUCUGGUGGUUGCAGGCAAGCGGCUGGCCGCGCUCCGCGAGGAUGCCGCCACCGCGCUUGCAGGCGCACGGACUCGCAACCUCGCCCUCGGCAUGUGGGUUCACUGGUGGGGGCGGACCCGGGACGCACUCGCGGAUUCGUCGCGCCCGCAGCGCCCCGCCCGCCCUUCGCGCUCUGUGCAGGCACUCAUGCUCGAGCGUGAUGCUGCCAAGGCCGAGCUCACUGCGCUGCGCGCCGAAAAGGCGUCGGUCCGUGCCCGUGCGCGCAAUCCCGCGCCGCCGCCGGUCGACGACCGCCUCGCCGCCGCUUUUGACAUUGCCGCCUCGUUGCGCAAGCUUCUCGCCGACAAGGACGCCGAGCUCGUCUAUACAAAGCGGUUGUUGGCCUCCGAGCGUGCUGAGAGCUCCAACGCUGCGGCCCAGCUGCAGAUCCGCGUCUCGGAGCUCGAGCUCGAGCUUCGCCACAUCCGUCAGCCACUUGCCCCGCUUGCACCCGAGCCGAACAUACCCGCCGCCGCGGCGCAAGCGACGCAGCCCCCGCAAGACGCACCCUCUACCAAGCCAGACGCUAGUGCCGAGGCCCUGCGGCAAUCCCUCGCCCGGCACGUUCUCGACCUUGAAGCCCAGGUGGCGUCGUUCUCCGACGCGGCAAGCCGAUCGCGGUAG